AUGGCCAUCUCACUGGACUCUUCUGUCCUAGAUCAACUGAACACUACCAAGGCAAGAAAGCUUCAUAAGCUGACAGACAGACUGAGCGCCUAUGGCGUUGGCAGGACUUUGAACCUCCCGCAGAUCAUUGUUGUUGGCGAGCAGUCAGCGGGAAAGUCAUCCGUCUUGGAAGCCCUUUCUCAUGUCCGCUUUCCCGUCAAAGGAGACCUCUGUACUCGAUUCGCAACAGAGAUUGUCCUUCGUCAGGCGAGGCAGACCCGUGUGCAUGUUAGUGUCCGAUUCGACGACAAGUCCAAGCCAUCUUGGACGAGCCAAAGAGUGGGAUUCACCGAAGAUGAUCUUCCAGACAUUAUCGAAGAGACCAAAGAAGCCAUGGGAAUAGAUUCCACAGGCAGAGACUUCUGCAAUGAUAUUUUGCGGCUAGAGAUCGAGAGUCCCAACCUGUAUCCGCUGACUCUCGUGGACCUUCCCGGACUGUGCGAGACAGCAACCCAGUCCAUGCGAGGCAAGGAAACCGUCGACCAGCUUGUGCAAAGCUACAUGAGGCACAAAAACAGCAUCAUUCUAGUUGUCGUCGCUGCGAACAAUCAGCUCGCCAACCAGAUUGCUCUGGAAAAGGCUAAGGAAUUCGAUCCGAAUCGCGAGCGAACACUGGGCGUCAUUACCAAGCCUGAUCUUACAUGGUCGGGAACGCCCGAGGAAAGCGACUACAUACAACUAGCCAGGAACCAAGACGGAGCACAUAGGCUUAAACUCGGUUGGCACGUCUUGUGUAAUAGAGCAGACGAUGGAGACACCUUGGGCACCCGUGAUGCCACCGAGGCAAGCUUUUUCGAGACGACUGAAUGGGAUACGAUUUCAAAACACCAUCGUGGGAUUGUUAGUCUGCGCAAGAAACUAAGCGAGGUUCUUUCUAGCCAUGUCCGGCAGAAUUUGUCUGCUUUGAUGGAUGACAUAGGAGGAAAACUUAGGGAGAGGCAAGAACAACUUGGCCAAUUAGGAGAAUCGAGGCCGAGUUCUAAAGAGAUGCGGUCAUUUCUCCUCAAUAUCUCACCAAGGUUUCAAAAGCUGGUACAGGACGGCAUCUAUGGCAGAUAUGACGAUCCGUUCUUUGGCGAUUUAGGUGAUACAAACCACAAGCUACGCUCCCAGCUGAGAAAUUUUAAUCUCGCCUUUGACUUUGUGCUAGCAACAAGGGGAUCCAGGAUUGCAAUUGCGCCAGACGAUGACUGGCACAAUGCGCAGCUCCAGGCCCCCAGGUUUCUCAAAAGUUUUCUUGACGAGUAUCCGUACGAUUUUCCCCAGCCAGAGUCCGUUAGCAGGGAGUCCCUCAAGAAGUACUUGGAGAGUCAAGCGGCGGCCAACCAAGGCUGUGAAUUCUCAGGCUCCCACAACGCGGAUCUCAUUGUCCGACUAUUCCAGACACAUGCUUCCCCUUGGAAGGAUAUCGCUGCAUUCCACAUCAAGCAAGUCACGUUAGUGGCCAAGGCGUUUGUGGACCAACUGAUUCGCCACAUUGUCGGUCAGUCGGAAGGGAACCCGACAAUCGAGGCUAUCCUUUGCGGCUGCGUUGACCAAUUCUUUGCAGAAAAGGAGAAGCUUCUCUCGGACAAACUUGAGGAACUUAUCCAGCCGUAUUCAAGGGGCUAUGCCAUGCCUCUGGGCGUCGAGUUUCGUCAAAUGGUUACGAAUAGAACUAGCAAGCGUCUGGCUAAACGGUUGACCGAGCUGUCGGAGAAACAGACAAAUCCUACAGAUGCUGGCAGAUUCAAGAGACUCAGGAGGGAUAUGCUAAAGGAAGCCGCCUCUACGCUUGAUGCAGUCGAUGGAGGACAGUUUGGAACGGAAAAGAUCAUUGACAUGACGCUGGCGUAUUACGAGAUGUCUCGACGAACGUUUACGGACAAUGUUAUCAACCUAGCUAUAGAAGGCUGUCUCAUUCAAGAUUUGCCAAACAUUCUCACGCUGACCCAGGUGGACAAAAUGGAGAAGGGGCAAGUCAACAAGCUAGCGGCUGAAGGGAAAGGUACCCGAACUCGCCGGAAACACCUGCGUGCGGAAUGUAACGUCUUGCGAAAAGGCCUCGAGCAGUGCCGCAAAUACAAACCCAGAGGCGUGACUGGUGUGCCAUCCUCAGAGUCAGGAAUUCAGCCGGUAACCGAAGGGCGCGGUGCCUCAGGUUCCAGUACGCUGUUUACUUCACCAGCCGGACAGGCAGCUCCAGACAGGCAUCUCGCGCCUCCUGCGACUGAGUCACUCACUGUGUCCGCAUCGUCCAGAAGACCAGCAUCUCCGUUGUCCCCAAAUCCGUCGGCCGCACAAGGCAAGUCGACACCCCUUGUUCCAAUGUUGUAA